AUGUCCCGAUCUUGGACCCCUGUGUUGGUGGCGGGCGUCUCCGCGGGCGCUGUGAGCGCUUGGUUGUUCUGGCGCCACACAAGGGCCCUGAAGGCGCUUGACAUCCAGGCGAAGCCCGCAGAGCCUCAGCCUACCCAGCCUACACAGCCUACACAGACUACGCAGCCUCAGCAGCCUCAGCCACGGCAGGAAGACCCCGUAAAAGCAGCGGUGGAGCCUGUGCAAGAGCAGUCAGAGCUUGAGAUCGACUUUUGCGUCGAGGGGGAGCUGCAGCAAUGCGAGCAUGUGCUGGGGGUUGUGCAAUGCCUGCGUGCCGAAGGCACUAAGAACGCUUCGGUGGACGCUGCCCUGAGCGCCUUGCAAGAGCUCGUUCCAAAAUAUGCAGCGAAGCUGAAGGAGAAGCGCUGGCUGGCUUCGAAAGGCACAGCACUCUUGGAAAGCACCUCUGAGGCUCUUCAACUACUUUUGUUAGCAGAUGACGAGCAGAACUUGGAGACCGCAGCAAAGACUGGCCGAGAUAUACCAGAAGUCGUUUUUGCUGCACAGGCUUUGAACAAGAUCCUCAACUCUGGUGGCUGCUGCGGAGGUGGGGGUGGAGGCUGCAAGAGCGGCGGUUGUGGCGAAAAGAGCAGUGGAGGUGGUUGUGAGAGCAAGAGCGGCGGCGAAAAGAGCGGUGGGGGUUGCUGCGGCGGCAAGAGCGGCGGCUGUGGGAGCAAAAGUGCAGAAGGUCCUGCCACCGGUGGAAGCUGCAGCGACAAGCGAAGUGGCUGUGGUGGCUGCAGCAAGCAAGGUGGUUGCAAUGAGAAAGCAGAAACCCCAGAGACGAAUGCGGGUCAGCUCGAUGUGGUGUCACCAGAGACGGAAGAGGAAGACAGCUGCAAGGAGAGAAGUCCGAGCCAGUUUGCCCCUAUGCUUUUCUUCAAGCGGGCGCAGGCCGAGUCGAGCUGGGCGAACCACGCCGUGGGUCCCUUCACGAGGCUCCAAGAGAAGGCCGGGCUUCUGGACGCCCAGCGCUCCGAGGACGAGAGGCUGCAGGAAGCAGCGGAGUCCUUGGAGAUUGGCCUUCGUGCAAUUGAGCUGGCAGAAGAGAUCGCCAGAAACAUCUGGAGAGACCUGUCGGGGGAGGGGCCUCCUGUGGACCCGUCGAGUUCAAGCACGGCCAGACACGAACCACAUGUACAUAGCCCACUGGUUCAUGCUGGCACGUGUGAGCAAGAGGAUGCAAGCGAGCGGCCCAUGCCGAGCCAGUGGCUCCGUGACGCAUAUGCCGAGAUCCACCAGGUGGCUGCUUCCGUGGCGCAUGCGGCCACGGCGGCCACGCAGCUCGGAGAGGCAAGCCCGGCUCCGGCAGUCGUGGAAGGAGUCCUUCACUGGCGCCCGGUGGCCAUGCCCGCACCUUCCACAAAGGACACUUGGGUCGGAGAGCGCCCUGGUGGUGCGGAGCUGCCCUUCGCCGCGCAGAUGGCUUUGCUCCGCAACAGCACCCCCAGCUGCGAGCGGCGGAGGUUACGAGCCAGCGGGCUUGCCAUCGCAGGCAAAGCCGAGACUCUGCCACCAAGAGCAAGGCGAAACCGGUGGGGCUCGGUGAAAGCUAUGACCAGCGAUGGUCCCGCUAGAAUAGGAAGACACGACCGCAUGUCACGAAGGUCGCCGUGGGUAGAAGCUGACCAAGAGGUGAGGCCAAGGGGUGACCUUGCCCGUCGAACAUCGGCUUUCUCGACUCCGCGUGACUUGGGCGGUCAUGAAAGCAUUGUUUUGAGUGCUGACAUCGAAUGUAGUGACGAGGAAUCUGUGCAGGAGGCCCGUGGGCGAAUCGCAGAGGACGAAGCUGUGCAGGCAGCCACGUGCGCGCUACUCUAUCCGAACAAGGUGGUCGCAGCCUCCGUAGUGCGGGGGUGCUCAUCGCGCAAGGAGCCGCUCUUGGAGGGCUGCUGCUACCGAGCCAGCAACGGCUGCUGGACGAGCAAAAAGCGCGAGAAGAUCAGUUCCGUCAGUGCGGAUGAUUCGUCUCCUUGGUCUUUGGAACUGGAUGUGACUAGCGACAUGCGUGUCGCAGAGCUGAAAGAGGUGUUGACCAGGCACGGCGUGGGGCUGUCUGACAAUUCCAAAGUGCUUGGUAGGCGGGCCAACGGGCUCAUGGUGACCCUAGAGGACGGCUCCAAAGUAAGCCGAGAUAUGCUCUUGCGAGGAGCCACGGUCCCAAAGAAGGACCAAAGCAGGGCGACGACAACAAUGGCCACUCCUGUGCAGCAGUACCUUUCUCGUACCAAAGGAGCACAUGUGGCUGAAACUGCGCCCACUACUCAACCGCCACCCAAAGCAACUUUCCCCCCACGUUAUGGCACGGAACCUUUAAAGAACCAGUCAGUGAUUCCCAGUUCCACUCAGCUUCAAAGGCAAAGGAUUCCCGAUGCUGCUCCUCCUCCCUCGAAGGCAUCAGUCCAGAAGAAAGAGCAGAAACGGAGCUGGCUUCGGAUGGUUCAGCAUGUCUGGCCUGCCGAAGACAUCGUCAGGAGGCCAACGGCCCCUCAACAGGUCGUUGCCUUGGCGGAUGCACUGCAAGGGAUCAUCAACGCUGUGGCUGCCGAGCCCGUCCAAGUGCAACUUGAUUCUAUCUUAGCGUGCAAGCCCGAAGAGCAACUCGAGCGGGUGGAAGGGAAGCAAGUGAGAAUCAUCGAGAUGAUCAGAGACUUCAGCAAGCUUAUUUGCCGCAGCGCGCGGCCAACCUUGAGAAAGAAAGGCCACGGCAGCGGUGGCUUACGUGCGCUUUCGCAGGUCUUUCGAGAGUUAGAGAUCAUCUCACCACUAGAGCAAGUCAGCGUGCUUCUGGGAUCUUACCAAUACGUCUUGUGGAUGGGCCCCGUCUCUGACCAACAGGCCCGGCCUCCACGCAGACAGCCGGUGAGAUGCAUGCCAGCAUCCAUCCCCUUUGCAUACAUCCACCACGCAGCUUUGACGCCUCUGGAGCGACGGAAGCGUUCCUGCUUCCGUACGAUCGCUUUUCUUGACAUGAUGCUGAGAGAAUAUGGGAAAUCCGCUGCCGGAGCUUUUGGGGAAGCAUGGUCCAUGUCAGAGGCGGUCCGGUCGACGCUGACUGUUUGGGUGUUGGGUGCACGCGACGGUGAGGAAGGAUGGCUUGCUCGACUCGGCUACUGCGAAGAUGCAGCGGGGCUGCUCAGUGGCGAGGCAGAGCGGCUGAAUCUUCACCUGAUUGGGGACCUCAGCAGCGAUGACAUUCCGUCUGGGAGGCGAGUACGAGUCAGUGCAGGUGCGAAGCAGCCGCCGUCCAAGCCAGACCUGGUGGUUUGCUUUCACGCAGAUGAGCGGCUGGCUCGGUGGAUGCCCCUUCUUGCCGACAUCUUGGCUACAUCCACUGCCUCGCAUCAACCGGUCUUGGCGCUGACCUCGCGAUGCGAAGCGGAAGCUGAGCGGGUUGCAUCCCUGUUCGGCCAACUCGGGGGUAGAGUCCUGCUGCGCAGCGUCCGUAAUCUCUUCUCCGGCAUGGCUGCCGGCCCUCAGGCCACAUACGAUGAUCAUGGCUGGGUUUCUGCCAUUCAGGGUUCGAAAUUCAGCGCCAUGCAACUGCUGGAGCACAUGAAGGCUGUGUCUCUUUCGCAGCCACAAGUAGCGUCCGACGGAAGCCCCAAGGAGGACGGACAGGGACAGCAGGGUGCACCGGAGCGGGGUCAAAGAAAUCCCGCUGUUUUCUGGGGCAUCCUGGACCUCAAAUACGACCCGGACCUUCCCCUAGAGAGUCGUGUCAAAGUCCUUGAAACGGGAGAUGGCCGUAGCUCCAAAUUCUCCGGCUACGGAGCCGCGAUCAAGGAAAGCUUCAAAGCAGACAAGAAGCUGGAGGAGACACUGCAUCGCGCUGUUCUUGUUGAAAACAAGAAGCUGACGCGUGACUUCUUCGUUGAGGGCGGCUAUGGACAUCUUAUGCCGAGACAAGUUUGCUUCCGGCGUAGCUACAGCGAUCACCUAGCCGCAGACAUCAUUGCUGGACUUGGGCUACACUCGACAGAGGGUGGCUGUGUUCUGAAACUCUGCAACCGAGCACGUGGUGCUGGCUGCAUUCCGAUCCUGGCUGCAGAUCUUGACUUGGCCCUCGAGCGUUUGCUGAUUCUGCCAGACAAUGUCGAAGCUUGGCUAGACGGCCAAGACAGAGAGUUCCCUGUCGAAUGCAAGUGGGGCUGUUUCCAGGAGCAGAUCAGACACUGGUGGUCCAACGAGUGUCCUGUCUUCGUUGCAGAGGAGCUUUGCAAGUCCGCCCCCGUGCAGCAAGAAGGCAAAGCCUUUGAUGGGACCAUGCGGGUUGGCUUCUCCCUGCAUCGUGUGGAGGAGCCGGCUGAGUCAGAGGCGGAGGCGGAGGAGGAAGAGUUGACUUUCCACAAUGCUCCCGAUCCAGAACCGGCUGUCGAAUUCCCUGGCGAGGCGCUGCCAGGAUCCCUGAGCAUUGAGUGGCUCGGUGGCUACUGGAAGCUUCCCGCAGAGGACACUACUUCUUCAGACCUUACCGCCAAGGUCAUCAGCAAGGCUCGGCAAGGCACUGCCCCCGUGGACGUGCAACAGCUGCAGGAAGUCUAUGCUGCGUUGGGUGAUUCAGUUCAGCAGGUCUUCACCAACGCGAGCCUGUCUCCCCAGACCCUGCUGCGGCGCUACCCGGACAUCUCUGAGCUUGGUGCGUUCGUUGCAUCCAGGCUGGCCUGUUCCAUGCGAAUGCGGGACCCCACCAAGAGCCAGAUGGUCCUUGGUCUGGCUCAGACAUCUUUGUCGAAGUGCAAAGAGCCGGACAGCGUGACCUGCAAGCCUUUCGUGGAGUCCUACAUCCACCGGAACUUCGGGGUUUUGGAGGCUUUGAUGGGCCGCUGGAACAAGACCGCGGACCACUUUCAGAAGGCGAUCUCGGUAAUGCCCACGAACGCCACAGCCCGCUACCUUCUGGGAAUGCAGUGCUUGGAGACAGAGCUCUGGAAGAAGGCCAUCGCACAGUUCGAGGCAGCCCUGCAGCUUGACCCAGACUUCAAGGCGCCCUGGAUCAACCUGGCAGUGGCAAAUCUGCGCUUGGGUCGCUGGCGGGAGGUCAUCCGGGCAUGUGAUGCCGGCCUCUACCGGCACCCCAACACAGCUCACUGCUUCUACAACAAAGGCUUGGCAUACUUUUUCCUGGCAGUGGAGGAGGAGGUUCUUGGUAGUCCUUCAGCCUGGCUCAGCAUGCCAAUAUAUCAUGUCAACACUGUGCCAUACUUUGCCUGCACUUGCGGCGCAGCUUCUCAGAAGCAUGGAAGGCGCAAGCACCGUGGAAACCCGCAGCGCUGCCCGGCCGCAUUUAUGCCGCAGGGUAUAUGGUAUGCCGGUGUGUUUGGCGGAAGUGGCCCGGGCGGCCGUGUCGGGCCCCAAGGCAGCUCCGCGCAGCGGCGAUCCAAGCCUUCGAGGACGUGCGUGCGAGUCUGGAGAGGCCGGGGCUCCGGGGCGCCGGGCUCGGCCGGGCUCCGCUGCCUUCCCCUUUCUUCGUGUCACAGCCUUUACUGCUGA